AAAGGUCGGUCCAUCUCGAUCAGGAAAGUUGUUAAAUCCUGCCAUUUCUUCACUGCGACUCAGUCUCUCUGCUCUGCUGAGAUCUUCUCUUUCUUCUUGUAGAGCAACACAUCUUCUUCCUCGAUCACUACGUUCGUCUGUAUCAAGAAGCUCAAGGUAAUGGAACCCACUCCCAAUGAAUUCUCUGCUGAUUCUCUGAAUGGAGUUCUGUUCUACGAUGAAAUUAAUGUUCCUGCUUUUGAUCCGACUCAAGACUUUGAAAACAUAUUCAAAUUCAGAGGUGAUGAUGAUCCCUUGGACCUAAGUUUUAUGGAGAAUCCUUCUCCCAUGCUUACUCCGGAUACAAAUCAUGUUGUUUCAACAUCUACUGAGAGCUUAGAUCUAGACUCCCCGGUUGAAGACUUGUCAGUGAAUCUGUUGGAGUACAUAAACCAGAUACUCAUGGAGGAGAAUUUUGAUGAGAAACCUAGUAUGUUUCAUGAUCCUCUUGCACUUGAAGCCACUGAGAAAUCAUUGUAUGAUGCUCUGGGUGAAAAAUACCCUCCUUCCUUGGAUGAUCCCCUUCUCAUCUUUCGUGGUGAUAUCGAUAGUCCAGACAGUAACAUUUUUGGUAGCUUGAGCGAGAAUAGUACCUCUAGCAAUAUCACUAAUUCAGAUCCUGGAUGGAUUGUAGAUCCAGAACGCAAUCUCCACCAAGUGCACAAUGAUGAUAUUUUCAAUUUCUCUUUCCAGGCUCCUGCACUGGCAAGUUCUAAUUUGACAGUUAAUUCUGCGAAUAGGCUAACAGGUUCUUCCAUCAGUAACCACAUGAUUCCAGAUUUAUUCAGUGAAGGUGAAUCCAUCUUGCAGUUCAGGAGAGGAGUUGAAGAAGCUAGCAAGUUCCUUCCUACUUAUAAUCACAUAGCUAUAGAUUUGGACAGCUAUAAGUUGCCUCUAGAAUCGAACAUGGGCGAUCCUGUUAAAGUAGAGAAUGCUGAACAAAACUUGUCUUACAGCUUAAAAGGAGGUAAGAAUCAUAGGCGAGAUGAUAGUCAUUUAGAAGAAAGGAGUAACAAACAGUCUGCCAUUUUCAGAGAUAACAUCCAAGAGGCCGAGUUAUCUGACUUGUUCGAUAAGGUUUUGCUUUAUGAUGGACAAUCAUGUUGUGAUGAUGAAAAAGGAGUGAAGAAUGAGGAAACCAAGAGCUUGCAGCAAAACGGGCAACGUCCGGGAAAAAAGACCCGAUCGAGGAAACAGGCCAACAACAAUAAGGAAGUGAUUGAUUUGAAUACCCUUUUGCUCAGUUGUGCACAGUCUGUUUCUGUCGAUGAUCGAAGAACUGCAUACGAACAACUAAAACAGAUUAGGCAACACUCAUCCUCGACCGGGGAUGUAUCUCAAAGAUUGGCUCAUGUGUUUGCAAAUGGUAUUGAGGCUCGUUUGGCUGGAACUGGAAGCGAGAUCUAUCAAGCUAUUAAGUCCAAGAGAAUAUCAGCUAUUGAUAAGUUGAAAGCUUACCAGGUUUACAUUAAGGCUUGUCCAUUCAAGAAGGUAACAGUUUACUUCACAUGCAAAAUGAUCUUGGAUCUUGUUUGUAACUCAUCCAAGAAAAAGCUUCAUAUUGUGGACUUUGGAAUCCUCUACGGUUUUCAGUGGCCCAUGCUUAUACAGUUCUUGUCUAUGUUACCUAGGGAACCCCCUGAACUUCGAAUUACUGGAAUAGAGUACCCACAAAGUGGUUUUCGGCCUUUAGAGUUGGUACAAGAGACUGGACGUCGAUUGGAGAGGUAUUGUGAAAGGUUUGGGAUUCGGUUCAAAUACCAUGCCAUAGCUCAGAACUGGGAGACCAUUAAAACCGAGGAUCUACAGUUGAGUGAAGACGAGGAUCUUGUUGUCAAUACUCAUUUUCGUUUUAAAAACCUACUUGAUGAGACUGUUGUGCCUGAUAGCCCAAGGGAUGCUGUUCUUAAACUUAUUAAAGAUAUGAAUCCCGAUAUUUUCCUCCAUACAGAUAUUAACGGUUCAUAUACUUCCCCAUUCUUCUUCACUCGUUUCAAGGAAGCACUGUUCCACUAUUCCUUGUUGUUUGAUAUGUUUGAUGUUAACAUAACUCCUGAAGAGCAAGCUAGAAUAACUUUUGAGUUGGAAUUUUAUGGCCGAGAGAUACUUAAUGUGAUUGCUUGCGAGGGUGUAGAAAGGGUUGAGAGACCGGAGACAUACAAGCAGUGGAAUAUUCGUAAUACAAGACAUGGUUUUAAAAUUCUUCCGAUAAAGGAAGAGCUGAUGAAGAAAUUGAGAGGGAAAGCUAUGGAAGGAUACCAUAAAGAUUUUGUUGUUGAUGAAGACAGUCAUUGGUUGCUGCAGGGAUGGAAAGGUCGAAUUUUCUGUGCAAGCUCCUGCUGGGUGCCUGCUAAAAAAGCCCUCUAAUGGGCAUUGUAA